AUGAGUGCAGGGGAGAUCAGUACCCCAGGAACCAGCAAUCCUCGUACCCAUCACCCAAACUGCACAAGCAGUAACCCCCGUACCCAUCACCCAAACUGGAGAACCAGUAACCCCCGUACCCAUCACCCGAACUGCACAAGCAGUAACCCCCGUACCCAUCACCCGAACUGCACAAACAGUAAACCCUGUACCCGCCACCCCAACCGCGGAACCGGUGACCCCCGUACCGCUCCCCACGCCAUUACGCCGCUCAGGCGGCGUUCCCCGUCCCCCUCCUUUCCCCUGCGGGCCCCGCCGCUCCGUCCCGCUCCCUGCAGCUGCAGACUCGUCUCGGCCGGGUCCCCCCGAGCUUGGGGCUGGCUGGGCCACACGGCGUGGGAAGUCGGGCGCGGCCGCCACCCGCGCUCUUGGGCGGCAGCUGGCUGCUGCCCCGCCGUGCCCUGCCCUGCCCUGCCCCGCCGUGAGGCCCCGGCUCCGGCCCCACUCCCGAUCCCGAUCCCGAUCCCACUGCCGCUCCCGCUCCCCUCACCUCAGCGGCCGCCGCCGGCCCCGCAGCCGCCCCGCGCAGCACGUGCCGCACCCCUGGGCUCCACCCGGGCAGGGCUGAGGGGAACUGCACCAUCGAUAGUGGCUGUGCCGGAGCGGGUCUCGCUGCUCGGGAGCGCUCCCCGUGCCCGCCCGCCCCGUGCGGACGCGCGCACCUGGUGGAUGAGAGGCGGUUCACUGUCAAAGUAA